AUGGAGGACAUGCAAGAGCUGUGGGAGGAAGGGUUACGAAUGUGGGACGAGUACCGUAGGGAACAUUUUACUCUGCAUGCCAUCAUAUUCGUUACGAUCAACGACGUACCGACAAACUUUUCACUCUCGGGCCAGUUUAAGGGGAAGUUCGGAUGCCUCAUAUGUAUCGACAAGACGUCGUACAAGUACCUCACCUCGUCAACCAAGGGUGUUUACAUGCGUCAUCGUCGGUUCUUACCUCAGAGGCAUAGGUGGCGUGCGAAGGCCAGAUUAUUCCACAAUAUAGUAGAGAACGAUCUUGCUCCUGAAAUACGAACAGGUCACUCUGUCUUCGAGCUGACAAAGAACAUUAAGGUUGUCUUCAGCAAGCCAAAGAAGAAGCCCGUCAAGAGGAAAAAACGGACGGAUCAGGACACAACUGAUGCACCUUUAGAGGAAAGUAACCUGCCCUUCAAGAAGCACUCAAUUUUUUUCAGUCUUCCUACCGAUUGCCAUAAGAGCGGUCAAGCCAGUUCACACUCGAUUAUCGAGAUUGGUCCACUAUACAUACACCAGAUGUGGGCGUACGAGAGGUACAUGUCCAUGCUGAAAGGGUAUGUCCGUAACCGAGCUCAUUCGGAAGGAUCAAUGAUAGAGGGGUACACAACUGAGGAGAUGGUAGAAUGCUGCAUAGAUUACAUGAAGGACGCCGAACCCAUCGGUGUGACCCCCCCUUUACACGAGGGCCGGUUAGCUGGGACGGGGAUCGUAGGCAAGAAAAGGUUCUAUGAUGAGGACUUCAAAGAUGUAGCGGAAGCACAUAGCAGUGUUUUGCAACAGCUCGCCAUCGUCGAGCCGAGAAAGAUCUGUCGUUGGGUGAUUCGCUGGAGGAAAAAGCUUUACGCAGGCGAGCAAAAUGGCCCAACUAGCCUUGUGACCUCAUGGCAAGGGUACGACAUCGGCAGAUAUAGGUUUUACACGAUGUUCAAGGACAGGAAAAGCGCAGCUCAGAACAGCGGAGUUCGGGUGGAGGCGUUUGACGCAUCAGGUGAGAAGAAGUCUUACUACGGGAUCAUACAAGAUAUUUGGGAGCUGGACUAUGGCCUUAACAUACAGAUCCCGGUGCUACGAUGCCAAUGGGUUAGAGACACAACAGGCGUAUUCAUCGAUGACUACGGCCUGACAGUUGUGGAUCGUAGCAAGCUAGGACAAAAGGAUGAUCCGUGGGUUCUUGCUGAGCGUGUUGCUCAAGUUUUCUAUGUCAGUGACCCUUCUGACGAUAAGAUGGCCAUUGCUGUACCGGGAAAGCAAAACAUCAUUGGCAUUGAUAGCAUUGAAGACGCGUCAGAUUACAACCAAUACGACGACGUCCCUUUGUUCACAGAUUUUCCUAACCGGAUCAAGGAAGUUGAGACAAGCCUUGACGAAGAUCUGUUUUCGUCCGCACGGAAGGAUGGUGUUUCCAAAAUUGUCAAACAUUAG